AAGGUGGUGAUGGUGAUGGCGGUGAUGGUGGUGGCGGUCUGGGCGUCAGUUCACUGCGUCAGUAGCGGCGAGUCACCUGCCGUGCACGUGCCUUGUGUGUCCCCUCGCGUGCGGGUCUGUGAGCGUGGUGAGCCUACUUAUAUAUCAAUACGAGAAUAAGUAAAUAAGUAAGGUGUAUAUACAAACUCUAAACAGAAACAAGAAUAAAAAAAAAAAAAAACUACAAUAACAACUGGAAACGAAGAAGAAUGGAAUAAAAUAAAGGAAGGAAAAGAAGGAAAGGAAAAAAAAAAUACGUAAAACUUGAAAAAAAAGGGAAACUGAAACGAAAAGAAAGAAAAUAAAAUCAAUAGAAGAAAAGAAAACUGAGAAAAAAAAAGAAAGGAAAAGAAGAAAAAAAGGAAAAACAUACAAGUGAAGAAGAAAGAAAGAAAAAAAAAAAGAAAAUAUGCAGAAGUGAAACUAACCACAAAGCAAAACUAAACAAAGAAAAGAUGAAUGAAUGAAUAAAUAAAGCAAAACGAAACAACGGGAAGAAAAUAGAAAAGAGAAAAAGAAAAGAAAAGAAAAAACAAACACAAAUAAAAACAAAACACAAACAAACAGAGUGUAAUUGAAACUUUCCCACCACUCAUUGUUUCAUCUGUGUGAGUGAGUGAGUGUGUGAGUGAGUGAGUGAGUGAGUGAAGGAAGGAAGGAAGGAAGGGGGGCCGGUGAGAGGAGCGGUCCUAUACACCUUUUGAUUAGCUUCCUAACCUGCGCCGUGUUUACCUGAGUCGCAAACAUGGUGUACAGGUGUGAGGAGGUGCUGCUCUCUUACAACAAGUUCAACGAGACCAAGGACCAGUGGGACAGCAUCGCGGGCCACACCCAGAAGGGCAUCGGCUUUCUGGAGCAGUAUGGCCACUUCGUCAAGGAGCGAUGCCAGAUUGAACUCGACUACGCUAGAGGGCUCAGGAGACUGGUCAAAACAUACCUGCCGAAGAAGAAGGAAUGCGAGGACCUACAGUUUACGAGUGUGAAGGCGUUCCGGGAUGCUGUGAGUGAGACGGCAGACCUGGCGGGGCAACAUGAGGUGAUCUCGGAGAACCUUACCACAGUGGUGCUGGCAGAGAUAGCCUCCCUCAUCAAGGAGAUGAAGGAAGACAGGAAAAAGCACCUCGCGGACGGUGGACGUGUGCAGCAGCAGCUGAGUCAGUCAUUGCAGCAGCUGGAGAAGUCAAAGAAGAACUACGAAAAGGCAUUCAGGGAAGCAGAGAAGGCACAGGAGAACUAUCUGAAGGCGGAUGCUGACCUCCACUUGUCCCGAGCAGAGGUUGAGAAGCAGCGGAUGAAUGCCAGCAUCAAGAGUCAGCAGUGUGAGGACAGCAAGAAUGAGUAUGCCAACCAGUUGCAGAAGACCAACCAGCUGCAAGGAGACCACUACAACACUGUCAUGCCGGGCAUCUUCCAAGGCCUCCAGGAUUUGGAUGAGAAAAGAAUCAAUAACUUCAAGAACCUUCUGAAGAAGAGUGUUGACAUUGAGCGUGCAGUCUUCCCCAUCAUCAACAAGUGCCUUGAUGGAAUAGUGUCGGCUGCUGACUCUAUAGAUGAGAAAUUUGACUCACAAGUGGUCAUAGAACGAUACAAAUCAGGCUUCACUCCCCCGGGCGACAUCCCAUUCGAUGACCUGAGCACUCCAAGACAGAAUGGCGACUCAACACCUGCAUCCCACCCUCCCAUCAGGCAGGACACCAUCAAGGGCACCAUAUCAGCAUCCAAGCUCAAGAAGCGUGGUGGCAUCUUUGGGAUCUUUGGCUCAAAUAAGAUCGAGGCCAUAUAUAGUCUAUUUAAGCUCCACAAGAUUCUGGAGGACUUCAGUGACCUGCCACCCAACCAGCGGAAGAAGAGGAUUCAACAACGGAUUGAUGAUGUCACCACCAAACUCCACCAGGAAACAGCUGCCAAGGAUGGGCUGCUGAAGAUGAAGGAGGUGUAUGAGGGAAAUCCUUCUCUGGGAGACCCCAUGAGCAUAACAGGACAGCUCAGCGACUCGUGCCAAAGGAUUGAAAAACUGCGAAACGAGCUGCAGCGUUACCAGACCAUGUUAGACGAUGUGGAUGGAGACGGAAUAGGUGGUGGAGGUGCUGCAUCAGGUGGCCCUUCAACCCCCAAUGCCUCCCUUGCCCGGCACCACAGCAACGUCAUGUCCCUGCACCACCACCACAACGGAGGCGCCUCCCCAAGGUCCUCUGUCACUUCCCAUCGUACCUCCCUCAGCGACGAGUCCCUCUCCCGGUCAGCCUCUGAUUCCUCCGUCUGCACCAACCCCCCUUCCAACAACACCACCUCCACAACCACCACCACCACCACCUCCACAGCCACCAACUCCCUCCUUCAUGGUCGGGCCACCACCACCACAACCACCACCACCACCUCCUCCUCCACUACCACCAACUCAUGUGGGGAGGGUGGCAGGUCUGCCCAUCCUGACCCCCUACCCUCUCAGGGCUCGUCUCAUAGCCCGGAGAGCGGCAUCGGCCUCAGUCACAACUCGCUGCCCGGCUCCGACACCUACGACCAGCCAGACACGGGGGAGGACGAGAACGGGGAAUUCUACGACACUGAGCCACUGCCCAUCAUUGGCACCUGUCGAGCCAUCUACAUCUUUGAAGGCACCAGCGAGGGCAGCAUGAGCAUGACAGAGGGAGAGGAACUGAAUGUGAUAGAGUUGGACCAGGGUGAUGGCUGGACCAGAGUCAGAAGGAUGUCUGAGUUUGAGGAAGGAUUCGUACCUACAUCAUAUAUUGAAAUGUCACUCUACAAUAACUGUUAAACAUUCCUGCUCCUUAGGACUACAGUUGGUAACAUUAAUGGCAGGCUGUCAAGCAUUUUGCUAAAGAAUUGGGGAAAGAAAAUUUUAAUUAAGAUUUAUCAUGCCAAGAGGUUUAACAGGAACCAGGAAUGACCUGUCAUAAUAAUGAAAAACUAACAUAAUAAUCGUUCUUGGAAGUCAAGGAGCUUGGUAAUAGUGCAUAUAAGUAUUGUGCAUUGUGGCACUGCAUGCCCAUCUGUCAGUGAUGUGUGUUCAGGCCAUCCCAAGUCAUCGCUUGCAAGAAGGAACACCCUAUAGUGCUCAAUACGACAGGAUCCCUCCAUCAGUGUUGUCAGGAAGACAUCAUUUGUAGUAGCAGUCCUCUUGCCUCUCUGAACUUCAAGUACCCACGUACAGGUGUGUGCAGGGAUGAUGACUCCAUUUCUAGGAAAAAUUAUUGGACAUGAAUGUUUAGCAUAGGUUGAUUUUGUUUCCUUUUUUCUGAGUAUGGACUCCCAAGGAAAGUACCAUACCUUAUUUUCUUUUAUUUGAACCAUAAUGUAAGAGUGGAAUAUGUUAUUUUUUAGUAAUGUUCAUUUCUCACAGUCAUCGCUUGAGGAAGGGAAGUGGAGGGUGCAGUGUGGCAACAGUGGCAUGUGUUGUCCUCUGUCUUGGCCCGCCUGUCAGCAUUGUGCCAUUGCAACACCAGAAAUCCAAUCUAAUGAAUAUCUGUUGUACAUAAUAUUCAUGAUAUAUUUGGCAUUUAGCUUUGGCACACUUCGUUAUCUUCACUUUUUCCCCCAAAGGCUUUCUUGUUCUGUAUUGUCCUUGUGUCUGCCUGUGCACACGACUGAUACAAGAGAGCAGCAACCACAGCAUGCAGAGGUGAGCCUGUGUCUGCAGUGCCCCUCCACCACAGCACAGGCCAAACUACUGGUAUAUUUUUACCUGAAUAUGGUUCAUGCUUACUGGCAGUACAGGAAGAACACUACUAUGCUGUGCUGGCAUCAGCACACCAUGUACUACAUUACACUGCUUUUUUUUUUCUAUCUUUUCUUUUCUCUCCUUCCUUAAUACUUAAACAAUUAUUUAAAGUUCAAGCAGGGUGAUGUAUGAUGUAGUCCAUGGAAAUAUUUUAAAUAUUCACAUUUUUUCCAAAGUUUGCCAGUCUGCAAGCGUAUUGCAUUUAAUAGGAAGAAGUUCAUCUUAUCUUUCAUUGAUUUUCUUUUAAGAAAAUGCCUUAUGCAGUGUAAAAACAUUUCUAAAGAAACCUCAUGUUUACAAUGCUGAUAAUAAUUACACCUGCACUAGUGUGUGUGUGUGUGUGUGUGUGUGUGUAUGAGUCAACAUAUAUAAGUGCACAAAUAUGGCACUGUGCAUGUACUUGUACAUUGUGUGUGUGUGUGUGUGUGUGUGUGUGUGUGUGUGUGUGUGUGUGUGUGUGUGUGUGUGUAUUUGUGUGCAUAGGGAAUAUUGGAAAUGAAUUAUAAUCUUAAUUUUCUGUGUACUGUAUUGAAUAAUGUUUAUGAAGCUGCAUUUUUAUGUCUGGCUGUGCAUUUGUGAAUCAAUUUCAGAGAGAGAGAGAGAGAGAGAGAAAGGUACACCGUCAUUUUCUUGGAAUUAUGAAUGAUGUCUGACCAAAUGUCACAAAGUUAUAUUAUGAUUUUAUUGUAGACCUGUAUAGUGUUUUUACUGCAUUGUCUGGGCCUCACAUGCUCAGGCAUCUGCUGGCUUGUGAAUAGCAGGGCUGGAUCAUUGUGCACUUCUGUGAAGUGUAAUAAUAUUCAAAGGGUAAUAUCUCUUACCUAUAUGUAGCAAAGCUGAUAAUGCUCUUUGGGGUUUCCUUUUUAUAUUGUCUCUGAGUGCGUUGUCAUGAUACGUAGAAGCAACACACAUACCCUAGCGUCAAAUGCCAGGUUAGUUUUGGUCAGGCAGAGUAACAGGUUAUUGUCAAAGCAGGAAAAAUACUGUGAUUUAAUGGUAGCAUGAGAAUACUAUUAUGGAUUUGUAAUUGACAAUAAUGAAUGACAAACACUUACCUAAGCAAAACCUUGCAGAGUACUUGCUCACUAAUGUAUAAAUCAUCAGUGAAACGAAAAAUAGACCACAGACAAUAAAUGAUAAUGUAUAUAAUAAUAAUAGUAUACAUUGAAUUGGUACAUUACAUCAUAUUAUUAGAGUAUGUUGUUAUGUACUUAAUCGACUAAUUUUGAAGGGAUUAAAGAUAUGAUCGCUUGUUUAUCUCCAGGAAAAAAAUUAUACAUAAUAUUAGUAGCACUUUUGUUUGCCAUACACUGAUCAACUAUCUUGUCAAUUAAGAUGCUGAGUUGCUAAUUCUGUCACAGUCUUCUCUUGUUUUCUUCCUGGUCAUGAGUGUUUCCUAAUGCAGCAGCAGUGCUGAAUGCAGUGCUUCAAGGAGCAGUAUCAGCAGCAUGUAACAUUUAUAUCCAAUUUAUAUUAUGAUUUUGUCUUCUUGUUCAUUGUAAACACAUCCCUGUAUGCAAGAUCAACUAUUUCCUCUCGACAGAAUAUAUUCAGGCAUGCACAGUGCACAGUGCCCUGUUUCAUGCUUGAAGUCAACUCUUCCAGUAGGGCAGUUUUGUGCACACAACACAGUGUGGCUAUCGGUGUGAGUUAAACACAGGGAAAGGCUGUUACUGAUGAGGGUGGGCAGGUCUGCUGCUGCUGCUGCUGCUACUGCUGUCACCUUAGUCUGUCAAGUGAGACUGAUACACUCACCCAGCCAUACAUGAACAAGAGAUGCAACUCUUUCCAGCUAUUAAGAACCAUAUCUGGAAAUACCCCCAUACUCUUAUUGGUUAACAGUUUAAGUGCAGAUUCUAUAUAAUUACUCGUGUACAUUUUAUUUGUAUUUUGUAUAUAUAUUUUUGUAUCAUUGUAUCAUAGUGUGUUUUUAUAGCAGUCAUUAAGGAGAUACAUUUUUAUCUUCAUUUUUUUUUUUUCUUAUUUUCUUUUUUCUCCUAUAUGCUUAUCAGGGAAUCAUGAGACACUAGCAGAUGAUGAUAACAAUGCUUGGCUUUCCAUGUCAGCUUUGUAGUUAAUCCCUGGUAAAUGAUGUAUUAAUAUUAUUAUAUCAGUAAUAAAAAUGCAAUGUCCGUU